UGCACCUGCUUACACCUUGCGUUUGUGUGUUGUAAUCGGCGAGGAUGCAAACAAUAAUCUGUCACCUAAUAAUGACGCCGAGGCGAAAUGUCGCGCGCCGCCGCGUGCGCACCUAGCCUCGGGUGCGGAAAAUCGUCGGCCGUGCAGCGCGGAGGGAUCGUCAUCGUCGUCGUCGCCCGAACCGCGAUCCCGAUCGUGCGGUACAGCCUGACACUUUCGGAGCGGUGCCGUUCACGCGCUCCGUGGGAUGCGUUCCUGCCGCACUCGUAAAGCAUCAUCUGUUGUUUACCUUUCGACGACCCUCGCGUCAUCGGCGACCUUUAUCAUGUUACGCGCUGACACGAACGAUGCUCCAAUUUUUUAAGAAGAUUGGACAGAGGGAUAAGUCCGGAAUACCAGAAACUUCACCUACAAAAUUGACAAGUUCCGGAAACUUUCUGAUAGAUGUAUUCAAUGAUGGUGCAUCGUCUAUUCAGACAUCCUCGGGUAUAUUGUACAGUCUCGAAGAAGAAGAGGAGGAGGAGAUUCUCAAUAAUGACAUUAAGGAAGUAUGCGCCUUCAGUUCUCGGUUGUCUAAAGCUCUGCCGGAAAUACUUAAGGACAAAAGUGCCCUUGGUUAUUUCAUCCAGUUUAUGGACAUCAGAAAGCACAUAGCUCUCAUUAAGUUCUGGUUAGAAGUGGAAUGUUUGUGUAGUGCAUUCGAGAUGCCAGAUACACAGAAAGUCAGACAGUCAAAUCAAAAGGAGAUAAUGAACGCCUUGCCUACUUCCUUAGACGAUAAUGAAAACUUUAGCUGUGACAUGCUCGCUAGCAAUGUAAAUACUCAAACGAGCAGUGAAAUACCAUUCGAUGAGAGAACAUGUGAUGUAACGUCUAACGAUAUGCCAAAGACUAGUCAGGCAAUAAGCGACACGCGACAAUCAAAUCACGAUUGUGAAGGUAAGAGACACGACACAACGACGACUAGGCAGGAUGCUUUGAGAAUUUACAAGAAGUAUAUUCUCAAAGAAGCUCUGGAUGUAAAUCAAAUAUCUGAAGAAUUAAGGCUAGAUAUGGAGAAGGCUAUUGUCCAGGAAAACAUUGAGCCUAUAUUACGGUGCCUAUCUGCUGUUCAAAACAUAGUAUACGAUAUAUUAGAAAACGAAUAUAUUAAUGAUUUUUUACGAAGCGAAUUUCACUGUAAGCAUCAAAUUGACGUGCUCACUAGUGGCAAUGUACAAUUAGCAGAUAUAUUAUACAACGAAACAGCAUUCUUUUAUUUCAUGGAGUUUAUGGAACUUGAGAAUAAGCGAGAAUUAUUGGACUUUUGGAUGUCGGCUAUAAGUUAUAAGCAGAAUUUCUUGGAGAAACAGGGAGCAGCCAAUCCUGAAGAAGUGCAAUCUGAUGCCGUUAUUAUUUACGAGAAAUAUUUCAGUUUACAAGCAACUAUGCCUCUUGGAUUUAGUGACAAGAUUCGUUUUCAUGUGGAACAAAAUAUUUGCCGUGAGGAUGAGAGCGGUCCACAACCCGAUUGUUUUGAUAAACCUAGUAAAAUUGUAUAUAAUUUUCUCAACAAGCAUUAUUUGCCAGUGUUCUUAUCGUCGCAGCUGUAUUAUAAAUACUUAUCAGAGUUAAUCAACACAAUUCAAACCAGUCCAUGUCCGAGUUUACAUUCCAAGAUAAGAAGAACAGGUUCCGAUUGCAGCAGUGAAGUAAGCUCAGUGUGUACUAGUAUGCCAAGUAUUUCUCAAAUAGGAAAUAAUGGCAACAAAUUACCUGAUAAUAAGAAAACUAUUAAUAGUCAUCUGAAUAUUGACACUAGGCAACUUUACGAUCCAGAUUCCUUAUGGCGACGUAAUAAAUAUAGUUUGAGCAUUGGUUACGUUGACAACUUAGGUAGAUUUAUUACUGAAAUAGAGCCAGAUCCUCAUAGAAAAUAUGAAUCUCGCCUAACUCGUGUUGUAAAACGAUUUGUAAAUAUAGAACAAGAUAAGGCUAAAGAGGAGUUAGCAUGGAGAAUCGCCGAAAUGAUCAUUCGUGAAAUCACGUCUUUAACGCUUGGAGCUUCAAAUCUUCCCUCUUGAUGGUGCAAAUUUAACAUGACGAUUCUGAGGCUUAAGUUUUCUUUAAGUAUAAAAUAUUUUGUGUGUUUGUGUGUAUAAGUCAAGUGCUUUGUUUUUUUAUUUUGAACAUUAGCGGAACAAUAAUGCAGACUUUGCCAAAGUGCCAAACAGAUAAAUGAAAAAUUCUAAUUCUUUUAUAAUACAUUUAAAAGGAAGUACUAUUUGU